CCUCAAAUCGGGACAAAGCCAGACAGGACAGCUUCAACCGUUACUUCGAGCCUACACCAACCCGGCUCUGUGCUAUGAUUUUAACGAAUACAUACAUGUUCACAUUCCUCGACUACCACACCGACGGCUCUCUCUGCCUUGUCUGCCCCGGUGGCCAUAAAUUUAUCACCAACCACUUUGCCUGUAUUCCGCAACUGAUCCGACGCAUCCUGGUAGGCCCGAAAAUGCCUCCCAUUGGCCCUGAUAUCCUUCAGAGAUUACAGGAGCGCCUCGACUUCCACG